CUCUCGAUCAGUCAGUGGUCGUCUUUGGAUGAGAUUGCAUCUAGUAAGUGGCUUUCUGUGCUGUUUGAUCAAGUCAGAGUUCAGUGGUCAUGUUGAGUGUGAAAUUAACGCUGUUAUUCGGUCUAGUGGCCAUCACGCUGGGUUGCAAUGUCCCAACAAAGCACUACUCAACGAUGAAAUGCACCCCGAUCAACAAGAAAGGAUCGGAGUGUCCGGAGAGAUUCGACUGUCCCAGCAUCACGAACCAUGUCAACUCAAAGUGUUACUUCAACGGUGAUACUUAUGCGCUAAGUGAGCAGGUUCCGAACGAAAAGGUGGCUCCAUUCUGUUCAGCACUGUGCUACUGUCGAAGUGGUUCACCGUUUGCACAGUUCCGCUGUACUCACGUCGAUUGUGCCGAGUUCUUCCACCGGUUCGACUACGACAACUGCAUUCGGACGUACAAACCAAACGGAUGCUGCUCGGCGGGACAGGUCUGCGGAGAGGACAAGAAGAAGCUGGCCAAGUGUACCGUCAACGGUGAUGACUUUUUGGCCGGCCAGCGGAUGCAUCCGAACUCGAACAAGUGUCUGACCUGCAUCUGCCACGAGGGCUUCAACGAGGCCAACAUUGGCAGUGAUCCGUACUGUUACGAGUCAACCUGUGGCUUUGAGCUGUUCUACGCCAAACAGGCUUACGGCGGAGCCGCUCCGGUGUACUACGAAGAUCGGUGCUGUCCGUGGGAGUGGAGAAUGCCCAAGGAUUCGGACAAGCUCAUCAAGGGUAGCAGCAAGAACACGGAUAAGCAGCUGCAGUGUCAGUACGGACGGCUGGCCAUGAACGUGGGCGAUCGGCUGGAGACGGAGGUCACUGAUCAGUACACGUACGAGUGCUUCUGCCAGAUUCCGCCGCUGGCGCAGUGCGUGAUGACCAAGCUUCAGAAGGAGUGAUUUGGGGUUCAGUAAUGAUUUUGAGAAUAAUUUAAUUCUGGGACUCAAAACAUUAAGUUCAUGUUCUGAUUUUGAAUAAAAUGUAUUUUUUUAAAA